AUUAUGGAAUAUCAAAAGUGCAAAACAAUAUCAGUGCCCAAACCGGGGAGGAUCAUCGACUUAGAAGAAAUGGCCUCCACCCGAAACCUUACAUUGUCACCCGCAUCAAAGAGCCCCUCGCGACCACACCAAGUUCGCCUGGAAAGAAAGAGUAACGGGACGCUGCUGGGAGGGUUAUUCUUUCCAGCGAAAACCGAGACAACGAAGAAGCGACCAUCGCAGACAACCCUCCCUUUCGGACGCUACCCCUCCUUCUUUAAAAGAAGUCCCGUUGGACCAGUUUCCAUCACCCGAGUUUGAGAGGCAACAAGAAAGCAAUAAGAAAGACCCGAGAAGCCUGUACCUCUUCUCUCCUGGCAGCGGCAACACCUUCGCUCUUCUUCGUCGGCGAAAGGGAAAAAGGUGAGAGUGGGUGGACGGGGGUGAGGGAGGUCGGAAAACGAAGAUGAAGAUGACCGGCCGCCACGACGUCCUUCCCCUCCGUGGUCCUGGCCGGCCAGAGAGUGACCGCUACCCGGUGUUUGCGCACGGUCGGUCAGUCUGCUCAGCUGGGAUCCGCGUGCUCGCGUGUGUGUCCGUCCGACGACGACGCCGGUUGUGACGACGACGACGUGGACUCGACGGCCGUUAUAUAAAGAACGUCGUGAAAGGCGUUCGGCGCGCGCGCGCGAGUCGCUCACAUUUCCGCCUGUCGAUUGGAGAAGCGAGACGCGGGGCCCGUUCUUUCAUCUUCCCGUACGUGUCGCCCUGUUAUACGGCGUGGCCGCGUGAUGAGAAGGCGCUUGGAUUCUGCGCCGUCGGCGACGAUGGUGGCAUCUUCGACCGGACUCCUUGUGCUGGCGUCUUCGUGGGUGAUCUGCGCCGCGUUCGUCCUUCUGUCUGCACUGCCUGCGGAAGCUCAGCCGGGAAGAGUUCCUAUUGGACCCAAGGGCCGCGUCAUCAAGGACUGCGAGUGGAGGUAUAGGCACGCGAACGUGACCGAUGACGUCCUGUCUUGCAAGAAAUGCGUCAAGGACUACGAACUCCGCUUUCCCCCUAGAAGACUGGACGUGGUCAAGAUGCGCCAGACGUGCGUGAAACCCUACACACCGAAGGAAGCAGCCAUCAUCCUGUGCAACGCAUUCCAUCGACCUACGGAAAAACGGACAGAGUGUAUUCGUUGCGUCGAAGAUUACGACCUUCCUGAAAACGCGACGAAAAUUCAGCAACGGGAACUCGAUUGGAAGUGCACGCCACACCAAUCACCGGCCACACUGUUGCUUCUGGAGUGCCGCUUCCGGCUCGCAAAAAACCGCGAGAACCUGACCGAGUGCGAGAGGUGCGUCAACGAGACCAACAUCGCAGAGAAUGCCACCUUCGCUGAGUACAAAAGAGUGGAAGCUGACUGCAUGCCCAGAACCUACCCGAAGGACCGCAUCAGGCGACUCUGCAAGUGGAGAUUCAUCGAAGAAGAGGAAGUCCACCGGUGCGAAGAGUGCGUGGACAACUACACACUGCCGGCCGUGUACGAGUACGAAGAUGUGUGGAACAUGAGGAAGAAGUGCAUGCCUCGGCCCUCAAGAAAAGAGCUGCUUCGAAAGACAUGCGAUUGGUACUAUAAGUACCAGGAUAUUGAGAAGGCCCAGUGUGAAGCCUGUGUUGAGAAGUCUAACCUACACGAAGAUGCAUCCUACGCAUACGAGGCGCAAGUCCGCAGCAUCUGCAUGCCAAGGAAACCUCCGAGAGAAAGAGUGAAGGAUGCUUGCCCGCGGAGAUUCAAACAACCGGAGGAUAUUGAACGAUGCAGAAAGUGUGCCGAGGAGUACAUGAACGACCACAACGCGGCCAACGAGGUGCAUUCGCUGAACGUACCACAGCUGUACCGUAAAUGCCUGUCCGGGAACAACCUGAAGUAUCGCCUUCUUGAAGAGUGUCAACAGAAGAUACAGGAACCGGAAGUGGCGAAGAAGUGCAAGGAUUGCAUCGUGAACACAUACCGUUGGAGGAUACCCGAGCAUGUGGCGCGAGAGGCGAGAAAACGUUGUCUUCUUGAGGGUUUCCAGGAAAAUUAGGACCAGUAUUCUUCAGCAUGUCGACAAUUAGGAUGAAGAACUCAUGUAGUUGACGGACCGCCAGGGGCCUAGUUAUGCCAUAUUGUUUCUAUAUGACUGUUCAAUAAAAAUGUGUUAAUAGCCAAAGAGUGCAAUUCCCCCAAUAAACAUGUUCCGUGCAGCUUGUUCAUACUCGAUA